AUGUCGAGGAUUGUUAGAGGCCAAGGAGAAAGGAGAGAGGAGUCGGUGGCCGUGGCCAUAGACAAGGACAAAGGAAGUGAACAUGCAAUCAAAUGGGCGGUUGAUCAUCUUCUCGCCAGAGGCCGGCCUCUCACAUUGCUCCAUGUUGAUCAAACAUCCUCCCCUGAAGGCUCCGACCCCCAACAAACCCAAGGGCUCUUUCUUUCUUUCCGUUCCUUCUGCUCCAAAAAGAAUAUAAAAUGCAAUGAAGUUGUAAUCAAGGACAAUGACAUUCCAAACGCAAUCAUCGAUUAUGUUAUGGUUAACACUAUCGAGAUUUUGGUACUUGGCACACCGUCCAAAAGCGGAAUUUUCAGAUUUAAGCUCACAGACGUUCCAAGCACAGUGUCAAAAAGGGCACCGGAUUUUUGCUCUGUUUAUGUGAUUGGCAGAGGAAAGGUGUCGUACAUGCGAUAUGCUACUUCCACACCCCAAAAUUUUGCCCAACCUGGUCAAGUUCAACACCAACCAAGCUCUGUUUCUGAAGCCAGAUCUUCAGGUUUAUUUCCACCUCACGAUAAUCAUAUAUCACCCUCAAUGGACAAAUCAUAUGAGCUUUCACCAGAAACUGAUAUAUCAUUUGUAAGUAUUGGAAGGCCAAGCAUUGAUCGUAUGUCACCUCGCUGCGACUUUGGUGUAGAAUCAGGAAUAAACUCUCGACUUUCAAUCGGCUCGGACGGGGACAACAGAAGCCCUACAUCAUCUUACUCAAGACACAAGUUUUUAGAUAUGGGCUCUCUGCAAUGUGAAAUGUCAUCAUGUUCAGUUGACAGUGGAAAAUCAUCGUCAUCAUCACAAAAUAUGGACGAUGUGGAAGCUGAGAUGAGGAGGCUCAAGCUAGAGCUGAAACAAACAAUGGAAAUGUACAGUACAGCGUGCAAGGAAGCUCUGAUAGCAAAACACAAGGAAAAAGAAAUUAACCAGUGGAAAAUGGAAGAUGAACAAAGGCUAGAAGUGGCACGACAUGCUGAGGAAGUUGCAUUGGCACUUGUGGAGAAGGAGAAAGCAAAAUGUAAGGCAGCCAUUGAGGCAGCUGAAGCAGCUCAAAGGAUUGCUGAAUUGGAAGCACAAAAAAGAAGGGUUGCAGAAAUGAAAGCUUUUAAAGAAUCCGAAGAGAAGAAGGCACUUCAAGCAAGGUCAUAUGAUCUUAGGUACAGGAAAUACACAAUUCAGGAGAUUGAAAAGGCAACGAAUGAUUUCUCACAAGAUCGAAAGAUUGGUGAAGGAGGCUAUGGGCCAGUAUACAGAGGUGAACUAGACCAUACAACAGUGGCAAUAAAAAUUCUACGUCCAGAUGCAGCUCAAGGACAGUCGCAGUUCAAGCAGGAGGUUGAGGUAUUAAGCUGUAUACGACAUCCAAACAUGGUUUUACUCCUUGGAGCUUGCCCAGAUUACGGUUGCUUGGUAUAUGAGUACAUGGGUAAUGGGAGCUUGGAAGAUCGUCUCUUCCGCACAGGUAACACCCCAGUUAUUCCUUGGCAAAUAAGGUUCCGAAUUGCUGCAGAAAUUGGGACAGGGCUUUUGUUCCUUCAUCAGACCAAGCCAGAACCCCUUGUACAUCGUGACCUAAAACCCGGCAACAUCUUGCUAGACCAUAACUAUGUGAGCAAGAUCAGUGAUGUAGGUUUAGCUAGGCUUGUCCCUCCAUCUGUAGCCAACGCCGUCACUCAGUAUCACAUGACAUCAACAGCUGGAACAUUUUGCUACAUCGAUCCAGAGUAUCAGCAAACUGGCUUGCUUGGGACAAAAUCUGAUAUCUACUCACUUGGUGUCAUGUUUCUACAAAUUAUAACAGCCAAGCCACCAAUGGGGUUGACUCAUCACAUUGAACGGGCUAUUGAGACGGGGACUUUUGCUGAGAUGCUUGACCCUGCUGUUCCUGAUUGGCCAGUUGAGGAAGCCUUGAAGUUUGCCAAGCUCUGUUUACAGUGUGCUGAAAUGAGGCGAAAGGACAGGCCAGAUCUUGGCAAGGUUGUGCUGCCUGAACUUAACAGAUUGAGAGCACUUGCCGAUGAGAGCUUGAAUUGUGUCAUGGCUUGUGCUACUGGAGUAUUCUCACCGAGACAACGCUCGAAUCCUUUGAUACAAGAUGUGAUAAGUCAACCAUCUGGAAGUGAAAGCUCAAGGAGCCGUUCAAGCACAUCAUCAUUUCCUGGAAAGAUGGAGUUCUCAAGUUGA